AUGGCUCGCGGUGGUAACAAUAACACCGCCACCAAUCCUCCUGCCACCAAUAACAAUCAUUUUCUGCCGUUGACUCCGGCUCCAGAUCUUUCUUCUAUCGAUGGUGCUAAUAGCCCUUUUUUUCUUCAUACUGGCGACCAUCCUGGCCUCUCUCUCGUCUCCCACGCCCUAACUGGUCCAAAUUACAAUACCUGGAAUCGUGCCAUGCUCAUGGCUCUUAAUGCCAAAAAUAAACUUUGUUUUGUUGAUGGUUCCAUUCCGCAACCUCCUGUUACAGAUCCUCUUGCCGGAAUCUGGUCAUGCUGCAACAAUAUGGUUACUUCGUGGCUUCUUAAUGCUGUUUCCAAGGAAAUCGCCGAUAGCCUUCUCUAUUUGGACAGUGCUCAUGCUGUUUGGACAGAUCUGCAAGAACGCUUUCGCCAGAGCAACGCUCCUCGUGUUUUUCAAAUUAAACAAAUGCGCGGCCAAAUCUUAAUGCUGGAACCAUUACCUUAUGUCGCAAAGGUGUUUAACCUUGUGGUUCAGGAGGAGAGACAAUGCUCCAUCGUCUCUGUUUCACCUGCUCCCUCAAAUUCCUUGGCCUUUAGCACCGUGUCUUCUCAGCCCGCGCUUCUUCCGACUCCGUCUCCUCCGGCGUCAGUGGCGGCAGCAUGGUCGGCGUCCUCUCAGCCCAAAUCUCGUCGUGAGAGACCUGUAUGUACUCAUUGUGGUCUUAGUGGGCACUCUGUGGACCGCUGUUACAAGCUUCAUGGAUUCCCACCUGGCUACAGGCCCAAGCCCAAACCUUAG